GCGAUACAUGUUUAUGUUAUAAUUCCAUCUAUAAGAUGAGCCAAGACGUUUGCAGAGACCUGCGUGGUAUUUAAAGAUGCCAAUCGAGUUAAUGCUGGCGUUAACUUGACUGGCUCAAACUCAUCAUGGCCUGUUCUGUAAACGCACGAUAUUGGCCGCUAAGACGCUGGUUAACCAGCUCUUAUAAAGCUACUACGUGUCGUGCCAUCGCUGCCGAUAAUACCAGAGCCAGUCACAGAUCCUUCUCAUCGACAUGCCAUUAUCGUCUCAUGGAAACAGCGGGCUUCACCGAGACUCAGCUUACCGUCCGCCACGCAGUCAGUGAAGUCUGCUCCAACUUCCCCAAUACAUACUGGCGCGAGCACGAUCAAAAUGAGCAAGAUCCCAAGGAAUUCCAUGCGGCUCUUGCACGCGGGGGAUGGCUAGGCAUUGCGCUCCCAGAAAAUCUCGGAGGUUCUGGCCUGGGCAUCUCUGAAGCCACAAUGAUGAUGCAGACAGUUGCCGAGUCUGGUGCUGGAAUGGCUGGUGCGCAGGCUGUCCACGCCAACGUCUAUGCAACGCAGCCUCUGGCCAAAUUUGGCACGGACGAGCAGCUACGAGAGACAAUUCCGGGAAUCAUUUCGGGGAAAUGGCGGACGUGCUUUGGCGUAACGGAGCCGAAUGCCGGACUGGAUACGCUGCGGUUGUCCACCACGGCGAAGCGAGAGGGCGACGAGUAUGUGGUUUCGGGGCAAAAGAUAUGGACAACGUGCGGACAAGUGGCAUCCAAGAUGAUACUCUUGGCCCGGACUACUCCGUAUGAAGAGGCGCAGAAACCCAGUGAGGGCCUUUCACUCUUCUGCAUCGACUUGGAUCGUACACAGCCAAGCUUAUCAAUGCGGAAGAUCAAGAAGAUGGGCGGCAGGGCUGUCGAUGCCAACGAAGUCUUCUUCGACAGCUACCGUAUCCCCGCCAAUACCCUCAUUGGAAAAGAAGGCCACGGCUUCAAGAUUGUUCUUCACGGCAUGAAUGCUGAGCGGUGUCUCCUUGCUGGAGAGGCCCUCGGCCUAGGAUACGCUGCAUUAACUCGAGCCGCGUCGUAUGCCCGCGAAAGGAUCGUCUUUCAGCGCCCUAUCGGCAUGAAUCAAGGUGUUGCGCACCCCUUGGCAGAUGCGUAUAUGCACCUCGAGGCAGCGAAACUGGCGACGUACCAUGCAGCGAGGUUGUAUGACGCGAGCAAAACAGACUUGUCCAUCACACAGAAGGCCAUCGGCGUAGCAGCCAAUAGUGCCAAAUAUCUGGCCGCAGAGGCUGCCUUUUUGGCGUGCGAGAGAGCAGUGUUGGCCCAUGGGGGCAUGGGAUAUGCUGCUGAGUACGAUGUAGAGCGGUGGUUUAGAGAGUGUCUGGUGCCGCGACUUGCGCCGGUGAGUAGAGAGAUGAUUUUGAAUUAUGUUGGAGAGAAGGCUCUUGGGCUACCAAAGAGCUAUUAGAUGUGAAAUUUAACGUAUUAGUAAAGGCAAAAUAUGUACUCUAAAGUCUAUAUAAACAAAUCUGCGGAUUUCCGCGUAUGUAGAGUUGUAUUAGAGGGAAGACGCACGAGAGUGCCAUUCUCCGAGUUCAACUGCUGCUUUUUAGCC